GCGGCCACGCGUGCGGCCGUCACUCCCGGGCGGCGCCGGCCGGUGGGUCCGCAGCGCCCAGCAUGAGCGCCAGCGCGGCGCGGGGUGCGGGGGUGCCCCCGGGGGUGCCCGCGCCCCGCGCCUCCAGGGUGGAGCUGCGGCUGAGCUGCCGGCACCUGCUGGACCGCGACCCGCUCACCAAGUCGGACCCCAGCGUGGUGCUGCUGCUGCACGGCCAGAGCCAGUGGGCGCAGGUGGACAGAACGGAGGUCGUCCGGAGCUGCCUGCACCCCGUCUUCUCCAAGGCCUUUACGCUGGACUAUUUCUUCGAGGAGGUGCAGAGGCUGCGCUUUGAGGUGUACGACACCCACGGGGCUGGCACCCCGGGCUGUGUGGAUGAUGACUUCCUGGGGAGCAUGGAGUGUACUCUGGGACAGAUCGUGGCCCAGAAGAAGCUGACCCUCCCGCUGCUGCUGAGGCUCGGCAGGAAGGCUGGGAAGUCCACCAUCACGGUGACCGCAGAGGACAUAUCUGGGAACAAUGGCUUCGUGGAGUUCUGUUUCCGGGCCAGCAAGCUGGACGACAAGGACCUCUUCAGCAAGUCGGACCCCUUCCUGGAGCUCUUCCGGGUCAAUGACGACGGGUCGGAGCAGCUGGUGUAUCGCACAGAGGUGGUGAAGAACAACCUGAACCCUGAGUGGGAGCCAUUCAAGGUGACCCUCAGCUCCUUGUGCAGCUGCCAGGAGACGCGACCCCUCAAGUUUCUCGUGUGGGACUAUGACUCCCGCGGCAAACACGACUUCAUUGGGGAAUUCACCACCACCCUGGAGGAGAUGCGCCAGGUGUUCCAGGGCGGGCAGGCGCAGUGGGGCUGCGUGAACCCCAAGUACAAGCAGAAGAAGCGUCACUACCAGAAUUCCGGGGUGGUCAUCUUGGCCCAGCUGAAGCUGCACAGGGUCCACUCCUUCCUGGACUACAUCAUGGGCGGCUGCCGGAUCCACUGCACGGUGGCCAUCGACUUCACAGCCUCCAACGGGGACCCUCGGAGCAGCUGCUCCCUGCACCACAUGAGCCCCACCCAGCCCAACGAGUACCUGCAGGCCCUGGUGGCCGUGGGCGAGGUCUGCCAGGACUACGACAGUGACAAGAGGUUCUCUGCUCUGGGGUUUGGAGCACGGAUCCCCCCCAAAUACGAGGUGUCCCACGACUUUGCCAUCAACUUCAACCCUGAUGACGACGAGUGUGAAGGCAUCCAGGGGGUGGUGGACGCCUACCGGAACUGCCUGCCCAGGGUCCAGCUCUAUGGCCCCACGAACGUGGCCCCCAUCAUCUCUAAGGUGGCCCGCGCUGCCGCGGCUGAGGAGUGCAGCAGGGAGGCCUCGCAAUACUUCAUCCUGCUCAUCCUGACCGACGGCGUGGUCACGGACAUGGCGGACACCCGUGAGGCCAUCGUGCGCGCCUCCCACCUGCCCAUGUCCAUCAUCAUCGUGGGCGUGGGGAACGCCGACUUCACGGACAUGCGGAUCCUGGACGGGGACGACGGCGUGCUGCGGUCCCCACGGGGCGAGCCCGCGCUCAGAGACAUCGUGCAGUUCGUGCCCUUCCGGGAGCUCAAGAACGCGUCCCCUGCCGCACUGGCCAAGUGUGUGCUGGCCGAGGUGCCCAAGCAGGUGGUGGACUUCUACAGCCACAAAGGGCUGCCGCCCCUUGGCUCCCGCGUGCAGGCCACGGUGGGCACGGGGCCCGGAGGGGCCACUGGCGUCCAUCCCCCACCUCCCAGCAGCCCAAGUCGCGCAGCCUCGGCCCACCCCUGA